AUGCCAUUGACAUCUCCCUGUCUCCCAACCUUGAAAACACAGUUCACAUUCUAAUAUUAUUUCCUUUGUAAAGUGGAAUGUACUGAAAAGUUUGACCGACCAACACCGGCUGCUAGUCAGUCUGAGCAGUAGCUUUUUGGCCUGCCUGCGAGAAAGAACGACGUUAUUGUGUUGUAGUUUAGUCGCUUUGGUCCGUCGUGCCGGAUAGUGGAGAAACAAUGGUGAUUGUUAUGUGAGAAGGUUUCAGGUUCCAGUUUGUGAUUAUACGUUGCGCUAAAAUGCCGCCUUGUGCCUGUGUGGAUUGUACUGCAGAUGGACGCGAAAGAAUAUAUAAGAGCGGCAUCCGCGGCAUCAGUGGUAGUGGCGGUGGAGCGUUAAGGAGCAGCGCUCACGGCGGCGUUGGGGGCGGCAUUGGAGGUGCAGCAGGGGCGCCGGUGUUGGGGGGCGGGGUGGCGACACAGGGACAAGGGGGAGGAGGAGGAGGCGGCGGUGGCGGGAGGGCUUGCGAGGCGAGAAGGGCAUACAAGGCGGCGGUGUUGCCGUCGUGUAAAACGGCCCGUCGGAGGGCCCGGGGCAUGAGCAUGGGCCAGAAGGUGUCCAACAGUGUCAAAGCAACUGUCAACAGGGACCACCAGCAGCCGCCGUACAAGCCGGUCAUUCCCAGAGAAUUGGCGCAGGAUUUUGCCAGACCUCCUCGACUGGACAUGUUAUUAGACAUGCCUCCAGCGUUACGAGAAACACAAUUAAAGUAUGGAUGGAACCAAGAUGACCGAUCACUCAAUAUCUUCGUUAAAGAAGAUGAUAAACUCACGUUUCACAGGCAUCCGGUAGCCCAAAGCACAGACUGCAUACGUGGCAAAGUAGGUUUCACGAAAGGAAUGCACUGCUGGGAGGUGUGUUGGUCGACGCGGCAACGUGGCACGCAUGCGGUGGUGGGAGUAGCGACGGCGGAAGCGCCAUUGCAUUCAGUAGGGUACCAGAGUCUCGUAGGGAGUACGGAUAACUCGUGGGGAUGGGAUUUAGGUCGUAACAAAUUAUACCAUGAUUCAAAAAAUUGUCCUGGGGUGACGUACCCCGCGUUAUUGAAACCGGACGAGACCUUCAUAGUCCCCGACAAAUUUCUGGUGGUACUGGACAUGGACGAGGGUACGCUGAGUUUCGUCGUCGACGGGCAGUACCUGGGCGUAGCCUUCAGGGGGUUGAAAGGAAGGAAGUUGUACCCCAUAGUCAGCGCAGUAUGGGGACACUGCGAGAUCACCAUGAGAUAUAUCGGUGGAUUAGAUCCUGAACCUCUACCUCUAAUGGACCUAUGCCGUCGCGUGAUACGACAGCGGUUGGGCAAGCAGCAUCUGGAAGAAAAGACGAUGAACUUGCAGCUUCCACAGGCGUUACAGACUUACCUCUUGUACAGAGACAGGAGAUAAUACCUUUCGCAACGCAAACACGAAGGGCUGUGUUCUUCCUGUUAUUAGUGCGCGGGCAAAUACCGUCAUCCACCACUGGUUCAAAUUAUCGAAUAGAAAAAAAUGUUUUCAUUGGAGAUAAGAAAAUGAGGUGUUGCGGAAAAAGUUAUAUAGAUUGGCCGUGCAACAGAAUCGUAUUUUUGAGUGUAAACAAAAAACCUCCUCUUCUAAAUAUACAGAAAAAAUUGCUAAUUAACACUCGUUAUUAAACCUCAAAAUUGGAAAAAGCACUUGACGCGUGUAUACAAAGAACUAUGAAGCAAAAGUAUUAGCGGCUCACAUAAUUAUUUUUUGUUCUUAUACACAUGCUUAUACAGAUUUUUAGAGUUUCUGUUGCAUCUUUAGAAUAUGUUUACGCCAAACGGUAUACGAGUGGCUGUUUUGAUAAGUGACAAUUGACUUUGUUUAACGUUUUUUACUAUUCAUGUUUUGAGCCAGUGUUGUAAGCGGUUCGCAUUGCAGUGGCAAAAUAGACUGUUAUUUAACAAAAAAAACGCUACUGUUAUUUACAAAGUAAAGUGUUACUGCUUUAGAUUAAUGACGAAGAGGGUGAAGUAACCAAAUAUUAAGGCGAGCUCAGUAACGGUAACUUUAUAAUGAAAAAAUUUGUGGAGAUGCAAUUCAUAGAUUAGUUUCCUGUAUGAUAAAUGGUAAUGAUCAUUUAUUUUAUCAUCAUGUAAAAAUUCAACAAAAAACAGGAUAAAGCAAGGCCGGUCCUUGAGAUACAACUUUACAUGAUGUUAUUUAAGUUGAUAAUUUCUUUUUCUAAAACAACCAAGUUUGAAGUAACGAAGCGAAAACGUAAAAAAAUGAAGAAACGUACUCGCUAUUCAUUUGAAAAUGAAUUUCCAACACUGACUGCCCUGCCACAUGUUGCUAAUACCUUUUCACAUAGGAAGUCAGGGUCGAACUGACCCAUUCAGAUUUUCUUCUGUACUUAAUAUCCAGGUUAUCUUAAAGCUUUGGUAUACGUGUUCCUAGGGAAUGCAUAACCUAUACUCCCUGUAAUGUUCCCACAUUAAGGACACCCUGUAUAAAAAGGGAUGAAUCGUGGUUGCUUUCAUAGGAAAAUCUAAACUUUCUAAUUCGUUUAAACUGAUAUUAAGAAUCUACAUCUUUUUGAUUGUAUAAAAAUUGUUAUAGUUCCUCGUAUUUGACUACCACCACACUGACGAGCCCCAUAGGGCGAAAUUAACAACUGUCUGUGGUUGGAUAAAAUUUUGUUUCAAAAAACUGCUAAAGCAGACAUCACAACCUGGGAUAUUUAGUGAAAUAUGUCGAGCGUAUCCAUUAUCAUAAGAGGAAGUAUUUGAAAAGCUUCCUCCACGAAUUUUAGGCCAGAACUACACAGGUGAUAAAGUUACUGAGUUCGGAAACAUCAUAUUAACGCGUAUUAAGAUGAAACGAAAAAUAAAAGAACUGACUGGUGUGACGUGCGUUGAUGGUGUGGACAUUUUUCUUAUAUACAAAUAAAAGAAAUGUAAUAGUAGGCGGAAGUGGGGAUAACAUUCAGUAUGUUCCAACAAUAAUUUGGAUCUGAUUUGAUCUGUUCAGAACUGUUCUUGGAACGUAUUGAUGAAAAACAAGUGGAGGCUCCACGAUAUGUGCUGUGAUGAAGGUACGUGAAGAAUCUCAAGGUCAGUGUCCAAGUUAUAUCUCUGUGUAUAAUAUUCAGCUCGAGAAUAAAGGGGUUAAAGCAACGUGCUGCGCGUCAUAGCACAGUGUUAGUUCAGCUACAUUAGGAUAAAUACAUGGAUUACUUAGCUGCUUAACCCAAGAUUAUAGGUAAAUAAAGCUUAAAUAAAUUCAUAUAAUCUAUUUUUAGCGGUACUUCAUCACGUCAAAACGUGACAACAAAUAAUAGCUGAUUAUCUAGUGCCAUUCAAAAUAUUCCAUGUUGAUAAGUGACACAUAACUUUGAUGAAUCUGUCAGUGGCAGAUCUAUAGAGUCGUAUUUUGUUGUGGUUUUUUGCGCUAUGGAUAAUAGAUAGAAAAAACAAUACAAGCAAAAUGGCUGGUGUAAAUAGUUCUAAAUACGGUUCUGAGUUUCAUUAUUAACAAGAGUGUAGACUUUAACACAAAGAUGUCAUAUGUUGAUCAAAUGUACACGUCAAAAAGUGGUGAAGUGUCGUGAAAAAUAAUAAUUUCACAUUCUUUCUGUUAAUAGAUCGAUUUCAUCAAAUACACUGAGCACCAAAUUUGUUCAAUUUGGUCCACUAGUUACUUUUUAGAUGGUUUAAUAUCUCUUUGGCGUUGCUAAAUUCCCAAACGGGAACACUAAUGUUUUUGGCUGGUGUCGUGAACCUUUUGCGAUAUUUUUGCGCAUUCACGAAGUGCCAUCAAUAAUCCUUUUGCUUAUAUGGAUGCGAAAUUCUAACUUUAGUGAGAAACGAGUAAAAGUUUAUAGAGAAACUUUAUGAUGCUUUUGAAACUCUAUUUUGGAAUCAUUAUUUGAAACAUGUAUUUUUCCUGUGGGUGAACUAAUUCGACGAAACUUAACUGGUUGAUCUCGAAACAGGCCUCUGAAAUAGGGGAGGUCUGCUUUCAAAUCGGGGAUGGUAGCCAUAACACGAUGUAUAUAGUUGUAACUCAGUCUUCUGAACAAAAAAAAAUUGUAAUAAUAUUCUUAAAGCACGGCUUCCUCUGAAAAGUUUACAUAGCUUUACAGAUCGGUUUAUAUUUUGAUAUUUUUUCUCUUCGAUUUGGUUUUUGUGAAUGUGAGUACAAGAUCGGUGAUUUAACUUUCAAAACUACAGUUGGCUUUCACUAUUUUUGCUUAGUUAGUCCAGCAUUAGGAUGAAGCUUUUCCAUUUAGACUCCAGCUUAUAUUGGAAUUGACAUCUUUUUCAAUUUCUAAUUCUUAUUAUAUCAGAUUAUACCUUGUGUCGAUCACCCUUUUAUAUUGUCUGAUGUCAUUUUGACUAUUGCCGUGAAUGAUUUUUUUUUAAUUGAGACAUAUUUCGAGGGUGCCUUACUCUAAUCUGUUGAAUUUCUGUAUUAGUGAGAUUAUAAUCUCAUCCGAGAUUACUUUCAUGUGCUGUAAUGUUUUGCAAAUAUAAUUAUAAUUUGCUAAUGUUCAAGAGUUUUUGUUCUGUUUCAUCAUUGUACCUUUUUAUUCAGUGGAAGUGUUCAUCAAAAAUGUUAUCUACUCUCUACUAUCUAUUUAAACUUUUGCCAGUAUUUAUUUUCCGACAGGAGGAACAACGCAGUAUGCCUAAGACUUAUCAAAAAUGCAAUUUGUGUAAUUUUCUUAUGAAUCGAUCUUGUACCAUGUUGAGUAUGAAUCCUUAACAAUUUUUUCGAUUUAUAGUGAGUAAAUAAGAAAUUUAAUGGGAAAAAUUAAAGUUGAUAAAUCGUAAGUGCUCAGGCAGUUACAGUUACAGACACACACCAAGAAUAUAUUUAAAUGUAUGUAAGAAUAUUAGACUUAUUUUUGUAAAUAUUUUAGUUAGCGCCAGUUUCCACGUAAUUUAUGUCUAUUUGUAUCGAAAUAAGGCUCUAUACGGUUUUCCAGGAAAAUUCAAAUACCAUUUUUUCAUUAACCAUUUUUUUAUAUCUGAAUAGCAUUGCAGGAUGUCCAAUAAAGAUUGAAUCACAUUUGAAUCCUGUAUUCGCUUUGCUACUAUAUCACCAACCUUUUGGAUUUCAGUUCUCGAAUUUAUCGCAUUUUUUUGUUAUUUUUGUAUCAAAAUUUUUGAGGGAGGAAGGUACUAUAAAAGUUGUCUCUUGGUGGUAAGUUUGAAUACUCCAAGCUAUCACUGACAUGUUAUCAGUUAAAUAAUGUACCUUAUCAUUUCUUAGAAAUGUGAUAAUAUCUCCAAUUCGAUUUUUUUAGUUCUCUAAGAGGACAAAAUGUACAUAAUGUUGAAUGAUUUUUUGCUCGUUUUUGACGAAUGCCUUUUUGCAUUUUUUUGGGAAACUGCGUAUAUUUGACUGCUCCAUUUGUUGAGAUUAUUACUAAUAUUUCUAGGAUUUUUGUAGUAAAAUUCUUUUGUAUAAAUUUAAUUCCGACAUGAUUUUUUUGUCACGGCCAUUUGAUGGUCUCAAUACUUUUUUUGUGAGUAAUAGAACGUUGCGAGUGUCCGUAUGUAAAUGUGGUGUUGUGUUAGUUUUUUAGCAAUUGUUUCUACGAAAUAUAUAAAAAAUUCAACAUUUCGCAUACCAAGUGUUCAUUAGAUACAUUUUUUCUAUACGUUAUUUUAUCGCAUUAUAUUCCAAUUUUUUUCGGCAGCUGAUGCGCUUACCUGCGAAAAAAUAUAUUUCUACCAUUUUCCAGUUUCUUCCAAAGAAAAAUAAAGAACAUGAUGUGAAAUGUAUGGAAAACAAUUCCAACUGUCUAAACAAAAUGUAAACAUUCACUUUUAACUCUCUAUUUAAUUAUUACGUUUACAAGUAUAUCUUGAAACAGCUUACCGUCGAUAUUCACUGUUGGUUUCCAUUAAACCAUUUUUUGACGUGCAUAUAAACGUAGUGAAUGCAUUAAAUAUGUAGUGUGCAGACAGUUUCAAUACAUAUUAAUAAAGUUCAUUUUUUUCAUGAACUGUUGUAAAUCUUAUACAACUAUUUUUGCUGCUGUUCUCACUAAGCCCCUGAGAAUUGUUUUCCAUUAUGUUUGCAGAGUGGUCUUUUGGCUAAAUCUUCCAAAUAGGUAGAUAAUAUAAUUUUUCUCGGGAGUGUGCAUUUAUUGCAUGAAUUUUUGUAUUGUUUAAAUCGAUGAAGAAAAUGAAAGGCCCCACUGUUGGAGUUUUUCAUCCAGAUAGUGAGGCGCCAUAGUUUUUUCGGAAAUGCAAUGGUAGAAGCCUGGACCUAUAAAAAUAAGUAGGAUGUUUUACUCUGUAUUACUAAGUUUUGCUGUGACAGUCCAGGUUUAUUUUAAGUUAAUCGAUGUAUAAUUAUAAUAAUAAAUAUAAGUAAAGUCUUUAAACAUU